CCGGCAGCUCGCGCCGCACACCCAGCCAAGGCCGCCGCGAGGAGCGAGCUGCGCCAGGCGCUGCACCCCGGGGCGCCUCGGCGAACCCGGCGAGCCCCGGGAGCCCAGCAGGGCGGAGCCCGGCCCCAUGGAGCGGGCGCGGGGGGCGUGAGCGCAGCAGACAAAGGCGGCAGGCGGGCGGCGGCCCCCGGGCAACUUUCCUGCGGGCCCGGCGCGAGCCAUGGGCGCCCGGCGAGCCCCGGCGGCAGGCUCGGAAGGCAGCGGGGCCCCGGGAGCCUAGCGCGGGGUGGAGCGAGCCCCGCGGGCUGCAGGGUCCCUGCGGCGUCUCGGGCUCCCCCGCCGGCUCAGUGGCGGCCGGGGGCUCGGCAGAAGCGUCGGGGGCGGCCCAGCCCCGAGCCGGGGCCGGGAGAGGCUGACCUUGGCCCCCCGGGGGGCGCAGGACAAGCGGCCGCGCCAUGGGCGGGUGGGCUCGUCUGCAGCCCGCCAGCCCCACCGGCCUGCGGGGCUGGACUCUGCACCCGACGGGCUGUGGCGAGAUGCUCGGCUGGAGCCUGCUGCUGCUGCUGGCUUCCGUGGGGCGCAGCGAGGCGGCGGAGGAUGGAGCAGUCAGCGCGGAGGCCUGGCUCCGGCUCUACGGCUACCUCCCGCAGUCCAGCCGGCAGAUGUCCACCAUGCGCUCGGCGCAGAUCCUGGCCUCCGCGCUCUCCGAGAUGCAGAGGUUCUAUGGGAUCACGGUGACGGGUGUCCUGGAUGAGGAGACCAAGCUGUGGAUGAAGCGGCCCCGCUGCGGUGUCCCGGAUCAGUUUGGAGUCCAGAUCAAAGCCAACAUGCGGCGGAAGCGGUACGCACUCACCGGGCGGCGCUGGAGCCAAACCCACCUGACCUUCAGCAUCCAGAACUACACGGAUAAGCUGGGGUGGUACCACUCGUACGAGGCCAUUCGCCGAGCCUUCCGGGUGUGGGAGCAGGCAACACCCCUUGUCUUCCAAGAGGUCCCCUACGAUGACAUUAGGCACAAGAGGAGGAAGGAGGCCGACAUCAUGGUGCUCUUCGCCUCCGGUUUCCACGGAGACAGCUCCCCCUUCGACGGCGUGGGGGGCUUCCUGGCCCAUGCAUAUUUCCCUGGCCCCGGGAUGGGAGGGGACACGCACUUUGACUCGGACGAGCCCUGGACACUGGAGAACACCGACGUGUCUGGCAACAAUCUUUUCCUGGUGGCCAUCCACGAGCUGGGGCACUCGCUGGGGCUGGAGCACUCCAGCAAUCCAAGCGCCAUCAUGGCCCCCUUCUACCAGUGGAUGGACACGGAGAACUUCCAGCUGCCCGAAGAUGACCUCAAGGGCAUCCAGCAGCUGUACGGUGCCCCUGAUGGGCAGCCCCAGCCCACCCGGCCCCUCCCUACGGUGACUCCCCGCGGCCCUGGAAAGCCAGACCACAGACCCCCCAAGCCACCUCCCCCCGGUAAACCAGAUCGGCCCCCGAAACCAGGCAACCCGGACCGGCCCAGAACCACCGACCGGCCCGACCAGUACGGGCCCAACAUCUGUGAUGGGGAGUUCGACACCGUGGCUGUGCUGCGCGGGGAAAUGUUUGUGUUUAAGGGCCGAUGGUUCUGGAGGGUUCGCCAUAACCGGGUGCUGGACAACUACCCCAUGCCCAUCGGGCACUUCUGGAGGGGCCUCCCCGGGGACAUCGACGCCGCCUACGAGAGGCACGACGGCAAGUUCGUGUUCUUCAAAGGGGAUCGGUACUGGCUCUUCCGAGAGGCAAACCUGGAGCCCGGGUACCCGCAGCCCCUCACCAGCUACGGGCAGGGCAUCCCCUACGACAGGAUCGACACUGCCAUCUGGUGGGAGCCCACAGGACACACCUUCUUCUUCCGCGGGGACAGGUACUGGCGCUUUAAGGAGGAGACCCACUCCGCGGAUCCCGGCUACCCGAAGCUGAUCACCGUGUGGGUGGGAAUCCCUGCCACGCCCAAGGGGGCCUUCCUGAGCUCAGAUGCCUCGUACACGUAUUUCUACAAAGGCACCAAGUACUGGAAGUUCGACAACGAGCGGUUGAAGACCGAGCCGGGGUACCCCAAGUCCAUCCUGCGGGACUUCAUGGGCUGCCACGAGGCACUGGUGCCGGACCCCGACCCCGGGCACCGAUGGCCUGACCUGGACAGACCUCCCUUCAACCCGGACGGCAGGGGCACAGGCGAUGACCGGGAGGGGGACGAAGGGGAGGCCGAAGCACGCCCCGGCGACCGAGAGGAGCAGGAGGAGGAGGAGGAGGAGGAGGAGGAGGACUACGGCGGCCCCACCCGGGGCAACGGCAACGACGUGGACAUCGUGGUGCAGAUAGACAAGUACACGCGGACCAUGAGCAUCGUCAUGGUGAUGGUGCCCCUGGUGCUGCUGCUUUGCGUUCUGGGCCUCAUCUACGCCAUCAUCCAGAUGCACAGGAAGGGGGCCCCUCGGAUGCUGCUCUACUGCAAACGCUCCUUGCAGGAGUGGGUCUGAUCCUGGACCACCCCCCCCCCGCCCAUCCUGAGCCCCACCCACCCCCCGAUCCUCCUCUCCCACCACCAUGGUGCUAACAAAGAAGCUUGAGAAGACGAAGCCCCAAGAGCCUUUCCCAGACUACCUUACACCAAGAUUUUGCACAUUGAGUUGAAUGCGCUCGGCCAGGCCUGCUUCCCCCUCGAGCAUGUAGGAGACACCCCAGCACAGACUCCUCCUCCUCCGUGCCGACAGCCACCCCCUGCCCUUCCCGUGCCUGGAUCAAGGCCGCCUAUGGCCCUCUCCCUGCUGGGGGAGAGGGGGGUUGCUCCCAGUGUUCCCGCUGGGCGAGGGAGACCAUUUCCGUGCUCUGCAGCCCCGAUCUCUCGUCACUACAGGGCUGGCACUGGGGAGCAGCCGUUUGCUGCGGGCCCCCAUCUCUGCUUCACAGAAGCACCUGGGCUCCAAGCACCGAGCCCCCCAUGGGAGGGGACGGCUGGGUGGGUUUCCCUUAUGGCCCUCCUGGGCCAUGGGGGUCUCCCCCCCCAUCCUCAGACGCCACCUCCCUCGGCUGUGUUCUCGGCUCGGCACCCAGCCGCAGGCCUGGAGGGGCAGAACUCGAAAUGCUUCUUCAGCUCGGCUCUUCCCCCAGGACUCAGCCCUCCUGGAUGUUUCCCUUUGGGGCCCAUCCACACGUCGUGCUUGUGUUGUCUGUGCCCCUCUGUGCUGCGUCCUGGCUGGGCCCAUGGAGCAGCGGGAGGGGAUCCUGGUCUGGGUGGUUCACCCCUGGUCUGGUCAUUCCCAGGGGGGAUACGUCCUCCAGCCCGAGGGAAGGGAAGCCUUUUCCCAGCUGGCUCCUUGGCUCAUCCGAGGUGGUGUGGCUCCGAUGUCUGUUUCAGGGAGAGCCCCCGCAGCUCCCCUCCCCGUCUCCUCGCGUCAGUGGUCUUCGCAGCCCUGCUCCUCCCCGGAUCGGGUGGGCCAGCCACUCAGUGCACUGCCCUGGGGGAGUGGGGUGCCAUAUCCCCAGCCCCUCUUCUCACUCGCCUGGUUUGAACAUCUAGUGGCAGGUUUUCCCCACAAGCAGCGCGCUGGCGGCAGGGCCCAGGGGAGAUGGCCUCUUCCAGGAGCUGCUGCCCAUGGCCACCCUUGGGCUGUGGAUAUCUGCUUUCCCCUGCUUUUCAAUGCCAAGCUCCAGAAAGGGGAGGGCAGUGGGGUAGUGAGGGUGCACGUACCAGCUGGAGAACUGGAUUCCAAUCCUGGCUCAGGUCACAGGUGACAUGAGUUUAACGGCCUCAGCCUUGUGUCUAGCAAGGAUUUUUAACAUGGACUGACCAGGAUUAUACAUCUGUUUAGGCGGGGCCCUGUGGCUAGAGUAGCUGGGGGGGCUGCAGGGCAGGACGGAGGGGCAUUGGCUGAGCUGGAUGGGAGCCCAGAACUGGAAUAGCGGGGGGGCUGCAGGGUAUUGGCAGAGCUGAAGGUGCAAGAGAAGCCUGGUUCUGGCGGCUGCUGCUGAGUAUCCAGGCACUGGUUGGUUUCCGAGGCGUGCUGAGCUGGGCUUUCUGGCCCAGGCAGAUGGGGUGGAGGUGACAUCACUGCGUUUAUUUCCUGUUUAACUGUUUGCAGCUGGGAAACAAGGGGGGUAAGGAGCCUAAAGAUAGCAGAGGUCUCUGGAACCUGCCCUGGGAAGGCUGGCCAGGAGCCGAGGGCCUGUGCUUUCUCCCAGCCCCAGCGUGACGCUGUUUGGUUCCCAUCAGGGCCUCCGUCCAUUGGGAAGAGGCUCUUACGAUGGAAGUCACCCUGUAGCUGCUUUUCAUCCGCUUCCUUCUCCCCCGCACACCCACUUCCGAAACAAACCACAGCCUCCGGGGCCUGUGGGAAAUGGGGCUGGGAAAGCAGCAAGCUCCGCCGCCCAGCCCCCACUGCCCCAGAGAAGUACGGGUGAUCAGAGCCCCACCGGUGCUCUCGCCUGAGAGCGCCAUGCUCGGGGGGCGAGCCGCUCUGGGCAGGGGUGCAGGGGGGGAUGUGCAGCUUAGAAACUCUACCAAAUAAAAGCGUUUGUGGGAGCCGAGGGACAGCCAGACACGGGCUUGCAGCUUGGGUGGAACAAAGCUCUGGCCAUUGCAGAGCUCUUCAGUCUCUGGAGAUGGGGCAGCAAGCCAGGAGAGACGCCUUCCCAGUUUGGUCAGCAGCCUGGCAACCCCCAGAUUAGCAGACACUACAGGUUCCUUGUAACUGCACCACUGAAUUCGACUAGAGGUUGUGGCCUUAUCAGGAACAUCUCUUCCUGGAGAGCUGGGAUCCACCAGGAAAGGUUGCGUAUCAGGAACAAGGGGGCUCUGAACACCCAACCCCAGUGAGUGCAGCUGAGACCUUUUCGCCUUUCUGCUGAUCUGGAGGGCAGCACCCGCUCUGCAGAUCCUGCCCGCUCCUCCAUUCUUGCACCAGACGUGCUGGCUUUCCCCUGCAUGGGGAAAUUGUCCCAGCACUGCUGAUGGGCGCAAGGUGGAGAAACGGGUGGGAUUUCCAGUGGGUCCCUGAUGCCUGUACUCUGGGCCAGAACCGGCCUGGCCAAAUCUGCCUUUUUUCAUGGUUGAGUAAAAUAGUGGUGGUUUUGUUAUCAUGGUCAAGGAUCAGCAAGUAACAUUUGUGUCUGGGCUAGGCCAUUUCCAUGGCAGCUUUGCACAGGCGAAUGGGUUGCGUCUAGGCGGAGGGGAUCGGGGUUUGCUACAGGGAUGAAUUGGCAGCUUGGGCUAAAGAUUAAGAGCCAGCUCCUCACUGGCUGGAAAUCAGCGUCUCUCCAUUGACUUGGAUGAGAGCCUCCGCUGGCGUAAAUGGAUGUGGUGUCAAUGGAGUAGAUCCCCAGUUGGUGUAAACCAGUAAAGCCCCGUUGGCUUCAGUGGAGCGAUGCCAGUUUAGACCCGCUGAGGAUCAGUCAGCGGAACCACUUGCUCUCUGUCGCCCCAGGGUGCUGCUCCCCUGUGGGCACCUCAGAUGAUAUUGCAAAGGCAGGCAUUUCUCCCAGGACAUGGAGCUGCCGGGUGAGAUUGUUCUCAGCCCUCGGGAUCGGGGGGGGAGGAGGGGAGUAUCGCUGGAGUCCCCAGGAGCUUGGAUCCCUAGAGCAGUCCUUGCUCAGUUCCCCUCCACCUACCCCCCUCCAUGGGAAAGCCCGGGCUCCCAGCUUCCCCGUCAGCGACCAUGUGGUCACCUUUGUCUGGAAAAAGCCUUUUGUUGGUUCCAGCCGCUUGUCUUUCCCAGUUGGAGCGUUCCCAGCAUUGAUCAGCCAAAGCCAUUCCCCUCUUCGAGCCCAUCUGGAAGCUGGAGCUGGGCCGGGGCCAGGCACUCGCAGAACCCUUGGCUUUAAUGAACGGAAAAUUGUUCCAUUUUUAAGCGCACAGGUGUGCGCUGGAGAAAGUGCAUUUUGGGCCAGGGCUGGCCCAGAGCCCAGCUGCCCCUUCGCUCUGCCUGGAGGCAGGACUCCACGCCCUGCCUUCCUGGAGGCGGCUCGGCUCCCCCGGAGCAGCGUCCCCCCCCAGUGCAUGUGCCCCAGGGGAGCCUUUCACCUCGCUGACCCUGCUGAUGGGACCCUGCAGGGGUGAGCUCACCAUGGCGUGAGACUGCUGGGCCCCUCCACGCCGACCCCUGCUCCGGAAGGGCCCCAGAGCGACGUCUAGCUCAGUCACGCAGUGCUAGCAAGGCAGGCCGGGGUUAGGUUCCCAAGGCUGUCAGGCCCUGAGCCUCAGAGGAAUUUAGGUGCCUAACUUCCAGGAUCUGGGCCUCAGCUCCACCAGGCCCCACUGAAUGUGAGCCUGAGGCUCCCUAGCAGGGCACAGGGCACCAACGCUUGAGGUAGUGAGCACCCCCAUUCCCUAGGUAGGCUGCCUCUGAGAGGGGCUGUUCCUGUGGCCUGACGGCUCUCCCCACCCCAUGUCGCUCUCUGUCCCUGCAUCUCGUCCAUGCCCCCGUCAGCACGGGGGAAGGGGACCGGAUCGGAGGGUAACUAACCCUGAGCACCUCGGCUCUGUGCCGGCAGGUGUGGCGGGGAACUGGGGCCCCGGCAGUAGCGCGAGAGGCCGUGUCCCACGGGCAUGGGGGCUCAUGGUGACAUCCCGCCAGGCCCUGCCCUAUCCCUUGUGGUGUCUGUCUGUGUCUCUCUCUCGUGUGUGCACGUGUGUUUGGUUUUUUUUUUAAUGUCCAUGCUGGUCAUGUUUAACUGCUACACAAUAAAUCCUACCAAACCA